AUGGGAUUAUUAUUUAAUAAUUUAAUUAUGAAUUUUGAUGCUCCAAGCCCAUGAGGUAUCUAUUUUCAAGAUAGUGCUACUCCUCAGAUGGAAGGUUUAGUUGAAUUACAUGACAAUAUUAUGUACUAUCUGGUGGUAAUACUAUUUGGUGUAGGAUGAAUCUUAUUAUCUAUAAUAAGAAAUUAUAUCAGUACAAAAUCACCAAUUUCACAUAAAUAUUUAAAUCACGGUACAUUAAUCGAAUUAAUAUGAACUAUUACUCCAGCAGUAAUAUUAAUAUUAAUUGCUUUCCCUUCAUUUAAGUUGCUAUAUUUAAUGGAUGAAGUUAGUGAUCCUUCAAUGUCAGUUUUAGCAGAGGGGCACCAAUGAUAUUGAAGUUACCAAUAUCCUGAUUUCUUAGAUUCAAAUGAUGAAUUUAUAGAAUUUGAUUCAUAUAUAGUACCGGAAUCCGAUUUGGAAGAAGGAGCACUAAGAAUGUUAGAGGUGGAUAAUAGAGUUAUCCUUCCUGAACUAACACACGUUAGAUUUAUCAUCACUGCAGGUGAUGUGAUACAUAGCUUCGCUGUUCCAUCUUUAGGUGUUAAAUGUGAUGCUUAUCCUGGGAGAUUAAAUCAAGUAUCUGUUUUUAUUAACAGAGAAGGAGUAUUCUAUGGUCAAUGCUCUGAAAUCUGUGGUAUAUUACACAGUUCUAUGCCUAUAGUUAUAGAGUCAGUAUCUCUAGAAAAAUUCCUUACUUGAUUAGAAGAACAGUAA